AUGUUAGGCUUCAACGUGCACGACGGGUGCCUUGAGGCGAUGGUGCACGGCUACAAGGACGGCUUUCUGCGGCAGGAGGAGUACAGCAGCCUGGCGCAGUGCGACUCCCUCAGCGACCUCAAGUCCCAGCUGCAGGUGACGGACUACGGCAACUUCCUGCAGCAGGACGGCCAGCUCACCUCGCGCGUGAUUGUGCAGCGGGCGCAGGAGCACCUCGUGCGGCAGCUGCGGGAGCUGCGGGAGUGGGCGGCGCCGCCGCUCUCGCAGUUCCUCGACUUCAUCGUCUACGAGCACAUGAUCUCAAACGUGCUGAAGCUCGUCAUCGCGAAGCGCAGCGGGCGGGAGAGUCUCGAGCUGCUGACGAAGUGCCACCCGCUCGGCUGGUUCCCGGAGCUCGCCUCCCUCACCGCCGCCGCCGACGUGCAGGAGAUGUUUCAGGUGGUCCUCAUCGACAGCCCGAUCGGCCGCUUCUUCAGCGCCGAGGGCGACUUCGAGCGCGACCUCGACGAGCUGCCGGUGGAGUACAUCCGCGGCGUGCUGGUGCGCAACUACCUGGAGCAGUUCUACGACUUCUGCCGCGACCUCGGCGGGGAGACGGCGGCGGUGAUGUGCCCCCUCCUCGACUUCGAGGCGGACCGCGCCGUGCUGACCUUCGCCGUAAACACGAUGGGGCUGCGCGAGAUGCAGGCGGCGGACCGGCGCCAGCUGUUCCCGAACAUCGGCUCCCUCGUCGACGUCCAUGGCGACAUCGCGGAGGCGGAGGGGAUGGAGCAGCUGCGGGAGCGGCUGCGGCGCUUUGCCGACCUGCACGAGCUGCUCGACGACGGCAGGGGCGGCGGCGGCGGCGGCGGCGGGGACGCGGGGCGGCAGUCGAUGGAGAGGCGCUUCGUGGAGCGCUCGGUGGUGCUGUACAAGGACGCCAUGACGCGGCAGUUCCAGUACGGCGUCUUCUACGCCUGGGUGAAGCUGCGGGAGCUGGAGGUGAGCAACCUGCAGUGGAUCGCCGACUGCGUCGUGCAGCGCAUGAUGCACCGGGUGCACGAGUACGUCAACAUUUUGUAG